AUGGCUGGAAUUCUGUUUGAAGACAUUUUUGACGUAAAAGAUAUUGACCCAGACGGCAAGAAGUUCGACAGAGUUUCUCGUCUGCAUUGUGAAAGUGAAUCUUUUAAAAUGGACCUAAUCUUAGAUGUUAAUAUACAAAUCUAUCCGGUGGAUCUAGGCGACAAAUUCAGGUUGGUUAUUGCUAGCACCUUGUAUGAAGACGGGACCCCAGAUGACGGAGAAUACAACCCCCAGGACGACCGACCGUCUCGGUCAGACCAGUUUGAGUACGUCAUGUAUGGAAAGGUUUACAAGAUAGAAGGUGAUGAGACCUCCACAGAAGCUGCCACGCGCCUGUCUGCUUAUGUUUCUUAUGGAGGUCUGUUAAUGCGGCUUCAAGGAGACGCAAAUAACCUUCACGGCUUCGAAGUGGAUUCUCGGGUCUAUCUUCUAAUGAAGAAACUGGCUUUUUGA